UCAAAAUCCCAUUGGCCCAUGCUCAUGCUGGUGCAUGGGCUACAUGACCAGACAGUGAUCUCUUACCCAAUAAAUUAUAGUCUCAAAUCCACUGGCAUGCAAGGAUUACAAAAGAAGGAAAAGAUGGGAAUGAGUACUUCUCAUGAUUCGAUCAUGAGAGGAUAGGAUGAUCAACUCUUCAAAUCUGAGCAUCUCUUAGGAUGGUAUUUUUCAACCUAAAACUUUGAACUUGAAGCCGUAGACUAACAACAACAACAAAGUUCAAAACCUUAUUCCAAUUUAAUGGGGUUGAUUACAUGGAGAUUCCAAGCAAGGACAAGUGUAAGGAUUCAUGUAAAAGGAUUGAUGUUGUAUGACUAAUAUAGUAAGCACUAAACCAUACGAUCUUAAUCUCGAACUACAAACUUAAAAACUCUUAAGCCUGAGAGCUGAAACCAUUAAACCCUUUCAUGAAUCCUGUCAUCAAGAUGGAACCUUUCUGUGAACAGGUCUUUGGAUGCAGGGUUUUAGGGAGAGGGACUGUUGCUUUAGAGAUAUAAUCAGAAUUGAGCAAACCACAAUAGAUAGAGAGGAUAAUCACUAGAAAUGUUGAUGUAAUGUUAUUCUCAUUUCAUUUGACUCUUCUAAUCUAUAUGCCUUGGGGCUCUGGGCUCAUUCUUUACUUUUACCAUAUUACCCUCUGCAAAUCCCUAUCUUCUAAGCCAACUAGAAGGAUAAUGUGGUUAUUUCAUCCCCAUUGCAGCCAACCUAACAAAGGACAGUUUUUGACUUCUACUUGUAAGGGUGAGAGAGGUUCCGCAUAAGAAGGUGAAAACAUUUUCCCAUUUUUGGGAAAAUUUAAUAUUUAUAUUUUCUGUCUUAGUCAACUGACAUCUCUACCUUUGAAUUUCCUAACCGUUUUUUCCUCCUUCCCGCGCUUUCCACGAAUAGCCGUUGGAAGCCCAACCCCAAAAUAGCCCAUCCAUUCCCUUUGUUGUGUCCAUCAAUUUAGAUUCUCUAACAGCCAAAUUAAGCCAGGUACUGGCUUUGAUUAGUAGACAAUGGCAACAAACAACGCGUUUUGAAAUUGCUUUAAACUGGUUUGGGGAUUUUAAUUCUUCCUCUUUCCCCUUCAUCAUCUUCUUCAUUGAAUUCUUAUUAUUAUUAUUAUUAUUGGUUUUCAAGGGCUUAGGCACAUCUCCUUGGUGAAUUCCCUCUGCUCUUUGUUUUGUCAUCCCCUUCUUUGAGAAAAUAAUUCAUAGAGAUGACACUAUGUCUGCUGAAUCAAAUCAUGCAGAGCCGGUCAAAGAAUAUAGUUUAAAUUUGACGCCGUACGGCGAGUCUAGCACGGAGACUUCUCAAGAAUCGAGUUCCGAUCAAUCAAAACCAUCCAAGACGCUUAGUCUCAAUCGAAAAAAACAGAAAGAGAUUUUUCAGCCACCCGAAAUGUCGACGAAGAUGAAGGGCCUUUUAAAAGGCCUAAGAUAUAUUUCACAGAUAUUUGAUAAUAAUGGUAAAGAGCAAGAAAUGCAGAUUGGCUUUCCCACAGAUGUGAAGCAUGUAGCACACAUAGGAUGGGAUGGUCCAGCAGUACAUUCACCAAGCUGGAUGGAUGAGCAUAGACCAGGACCAAAUUUUUCGUCGGCACCAUUAAGUACUAAUGGAGAUGCUAACGAAAGCAACCGUAAAAGCGCUUCUCUUGAAGAGAUGCCAGAGUUAUCAAAGCCAUCCACAUAUAUCCCCUCAUCAUUGGACUCUCCGGCCAGCAGAGACCAAUCGAAGAAAUCAAGGCGACACCAUACCACCACCGGCAUUUCAAUCAGUUCUCCCUCACGAGAUACCAAAGAGAGAUCAUCCCGACCAUCAUCAUCAUCGAGGCGAUCUCAGAACACAGGAGGCCUAAGUAUGGAUUCAACCUUGCAAGAUCCAGCAGCUGAUCCUAAAAAAUCCCGUCGUAAGAAACCCAAGGGAAUAUCAAGUAGUGGAUCAACUAAACCUUCAAGAUCCAAACCCCAGUCUACCACAACUUACACUUCUCCAUUCUCUGAUCCUGGUUCUGGAUCUAUAAGCGUUUUGAACAAUGAACCUUGUCCAACUUCACCUUUAAGAUCCUUGAGAAUUGAGGAUGGUGACAAAGGGAAUCAUGGAAUUUCUUGAGAAACUAACGAUUCCCAGGAUUUGAUUUGUAAAGCAGUCAAGUUCUACUGUAAUUUUUCAUGGCAGCUUUUUUUAUAAUCUUCUUCUCA